GAAAAUAAUUUUAUUUUUUACGCUAAGUUUGUACGUAAAGACAGCUUAGACGGAGCUGCUGAAAAAAAUCCGAAUAUUCUGGUGAACAAAAUAAAAAAAUAUAAAAAUAUAAAAAUAUCGCGUUCACGUUUCACUUUACUUAUGUUAUACUUGAAGCAUCAAUCUUCUCCACCAAUCGUCUCCUUUCUCUUUAAUCAAACGCCUGUCUUUCUUAUGUUAUACUUGAUAUUUGCUUAUGAAAUUUGUAUCUGAUAAUAAAUUAUCCUUUCUCUUCUCUCAAAGCUUCAACUGCUGUAUAAUUUUUUGAAUUUUCUCCUCUCCCUAGGUCAGUACUUCCUCCUGCAGCGGCUUUCCAUGGCAGCCGUUUUUUUAUGUGGCCCAACUGCCCCAUCGUUCUUCAUCCUCUUUUCUUUUGUUUAUCUCUUGGCUUACUUUUUAAUCUUCCGCAGUUGGGGUCCGAAACAACGAGCAGCAGCUUCAAGUUGCUUCCUCUCUCUAGCUCAUGGCACACCUGCUGUUGUCAUCGCCACCUCUGCCAUACUAAGCACUCAAACAAACUUCCGAAAUUUAGCUUCUCCAAACACCACUUCUCAGAACACUGUUCUUGAAUUCAGCAUCGGUUACUUCUUAAUGGACCUUCUUCACUACUUAAUCUUCGAGCCUCGUGAUAUUCUCUUCAUUCUCCACCAUUUAGUUACCCUAUACGUAAUUGUCACUUGUCGUUACAUGGUUCGUCACGGGGCAUUUGCAAUUCUCAUACUUCUUAUUCUAGCUGAAAUUACGAGUCCCUUUCAGAAUGUAUGGAGUCUUGCAAGGUUCCGGAAAGCUGAAGUAGCUGCUUUCGCAAAAUUGUAUGAAAUUUUAUCUCUGCCAUUUUAUGUAUUCUAUUCUGUGGUUAGAGGGGUUCUUGGACCUCUGUUUGUGUACAAGAUGGGGGUGUUUUACAUUAGUGGGGCAGCUGAUGGUCUGAUUCCAAAGUGGGCGUGGGUUUCUUGGAUGAUUGUAACCAUCAGUGCCAUUGCGCUUAGCAUUUUGUGGAUUCUUAAUCAUUGGAUGGAUUGGUACCGGGAAAAGAGUAACAGAGCUGCAAAGAAAGUGAAGUAGAAUUUAAGACACCUUCCUGAAACCCUGUAGCCAAGGAGCUUGCUAUCAGCUCAAACAUGUAGUUGAGUAUUAACUGUACAAAUAAUUCAAUAUGUUAAUAUGUAACUGAAUGAUUUAUCAUAUAAUAAUUCAUCAAUUUGUCUGUACCAUUCCUCUGUAUUAUAUUUAAUACACAGAAAUAUAUUCAGGUGUCCUUUAUGUAGACAUGUACCUGACAGGUUUUUAA